AUGGGACGUAGAAAGAUUAGAAUUGAACCUAUCAGAGAUGAUCGUAACAGACAAGUGACUUUUCUCAAGAGAAAGCAAGGUUUGAUGAAGAAGGCAUAUGAGCUUAGCGUGCUUUGUAACUGUGAAGUUGCCUUGAUCAUCUUUAAUAAUCAAAACAACAAGCUUGUUCAAUAUGCAAGUACUGAUAUAGACAAGGUGUUGAUGCGAUAUACAGAGUUUGAUGAACCUUAUGAAAGCAAGAAUAAUGACGACUUUAAAGACAAGGAUGAUGAAGAUGAGGAUGAUGGUGCCUCUGUUCAUGAGCGUGAAACUAACAAACACAUACCAAGUCCUGUUCAGACUGAAGAUAGUCUUGAAUUAUCAAACGAUUUAAAAAUGUCCCAAAAGCAGACAUCAAGAAAUAGCUCACAUGGUGAUUUAUAUACCACCUCUUCCCAAGCCGCUUCAUCUCUUCUUCAGCAUUCUUACCCUUCACCUCCACCACCUGUUACUACUCAAAUUGAUGAUCCAUACUUUACCUACAGAGCUGAUACUCAACAAGCUCAGUAUAGCGAACGAUAUAAUUUGAUAGAAAAACGACCACAUCUUCGAGUACAAAUACCAAAUGAAUCCAAGUCACUUGAUCCAACCACGGAUAAGCAAGCACUACCGGCUUUGAACAAAAAUAACAAUUCAUCUCGAUUCGCACAAAACCUUCCUUCUCCUUCGACAUUCUAUCCUGAAUUCUACAAACAAGGCGAACUACUCAGUCCACUUAACUUUUCUAAUACACCUUCUUCUGCUUAUAAUACCUUUCAAUGGCCAACAAGUGCCAAAGAAUACCGACCUUCUCCAUUAAGUAAUUUUACUUUUUCAGAAAAGCGAUCACUACCGACAUAUGAUGAUUCUUCAUCCAAAAGACAAAAACUAGAAGCACCAACUAUUUUGUAG